GGCGGGGCCGCGCUCACUGCGGGGCGGCGGCGGCGGCGGGACGGGACGGGACGGACGGGACGGAGCCGCGAUGGAGAAGCCGCGGCGGGCGGUGGUGGUGACGGGGUUUGGGCCGUUUGGAGAACACGCUGUGAACGCCAGCUGGAUUGCAGUUCAGGAGCUGGAGAAGCUGGGGCUGAGGGAUGACGUGGAUCUGCACGUCUAUGAGGUCCCUGUCGAGUACCAGACCGUGCAGAGACUCAUCCCUGCCUUGUGGAAGAAGCACAGUCCCCAACUGGUGGUCCACGUGGGAGUGUCGGGCAUGGCCACCACUGUCACCCUGGAGAAAUGUGGCCACAACGUGGGCUACAAGGGGCUGGACAACUGUCGCUUCUGCCCGGGCUCGCAGUGCUGCGUGGAGGGUGGCCCCGAGUGCAUCGACUCCGUCAUCGACAUGGACGCCGUCUGCACCAGGGUCUCGGCGCUGGGGCUGGACGUCACUGUCACCAUCUCCCAGGACGCUGGCAGGUACCUCUGUGACUUCACCUACUACACCUCCUUGUACCAGAGCCGUGGCAGGUCAGCGUUUGUCCACGUGCCCCCCCUGGGAAAACCUUACUCUGCAGAACAGCUGGGCCGGGCCCUGCAGGCCAUCAUAGAGGAAAUGCUGGAUGUUCUGGAGCAUUCCGAAGACAAAAUCAAUUGUCAGCAUGAACACUGAGCCUGGCCAAGAGCUCUCCUAGUAUUGCACUUCCAAAAUUUUUUCCCUGCUGCCGAAGUAUUGGGAGGGAAAAAACAAAACAAAACAAACAACACAAAAAAAACCACCCCGGUUCCGGACCCAGAAUUGGAGACUCCAAAAAAAAAAGGAAAAUUCCUCAAAUUCCACUUCUAGAAAUUAACUUUUUUUGUUGUCGAAUCUGUGAGUUUCAGCCUGAGCAACAAAGGAUUCAGAAUCUCUUCUGUAAAUCACCUGCAGCUCCUCAUUCCUGAAGCUGGGAGCUGGCAGGGAAUGGAUCCUCACCUGCCUGAUCCUCCCCUGGACUCGACCUUCAGGUGCAGGAAUUGCUCUCCCAGUCCCCUCAUGGCUAACUCCUGAAUUGAAACGUUUCUUUCGCUUGGUUUUGGGUUUGUUUUCCCCCCUCUCUUGACCCAAAUUCAAGGUGAUCAUGUGGAAGGACAGCUGGAGUUUGGGCUGGUGUGGGGCUGUCUUGGAAAGCAGAGUUUGGUGGCUCUGAGGAGCCUGAAAUGGCUUUGCUGGGAUGGGAAAUGAUUUUAGGCACUGAUUCCUCACUCCACAUCCUCCAAAUAUCCGUAGGGUGUCUGUAGCUGCAGCAGAAGGGAUGUGUUUGGGGUUCCUUUUGGAACCCAAAUCCAGCUGCAGUUUUUGUUGGUUUUUUUUAAUUUUUGGAGCCUGACUCCUAAAUCUUUCCAAAUCUCUUUUUCCUGCCUCUCUCUUGGCCACGUCCCUCCCUCAAGUCUGGCAUGGACCUCGUGUACCAAACACCUCUGUUCAAAUGUGUCUAAAACCAGCCAGAAGUGGGCACAGGGCUUUGCUGAGGGCCACUUUCCCCACAGGAGAUCUUUAUCCUGGGCUCUUGGUGCUCCGUGCUGUUUUUAGAGUGAAGGUUGAGUGAUUUAUAACUCCCUUAGCUGCAAAUUCUCCCUCUUGUCCCAGGAUGGGAGAGGAAUGCUUAACUGAGAUCCCAAUUCCACCUCGAUUGAGUGGAGGCAUAAAAACGCAGGUGGAAGGAAGGACACCCUGCAAAAAUCAAAUGUCAGCUCUUCAACCCAAUCCCAACCAGAGGGAAUGGUUUGAAAUUCAGGAAUUUUGCCCAGAGUGAGGAUUCCAGGCUCCUCCUUGGUGUCCCCCUCCCAAUGGGAGGGUGCAAAAAGUGAUGCUGCUUGUGGGAACUUUCCCAGGAAUUAUUUUGGGGAAGGGUGCAGGAUCUCAGCAGGUGGGUGACGCUGGUGAUUUGCUGGCAAAUUUUGAGAUUCCAGCAAAAAAAAAACCCAGCUGGAGCUGGAGCAGGAACAGACACAGAACUGGGAGCUGAGGUCUCGUGGAGAGGCCAUUUGAAGGGAGAAGUCUGAUUUGAACGGAUGCUUUUACAAACAGAUAUAAAUACGUGUAAAACAGCGUUUUAAAGGUUUUUAAACCCCGUGAAUUGAAUUUCUCUGGUGCUGACUGGCUCUGCUAUAGUAACUCUCAGUGAGAGCUGCCCUGAGAUGUCUGGUGACAGGACAAAACCACUCCUUGUAACCCUUGAGACAAAGGGACAAAGACUGACUCUGCUGAGGGCACCUGAGCAGGGAGAUUUGUUUUGGAUAGCCCCAAGGAAAUUCCUUCUCUGUUCACCAUCCAGGCCUUCCUGCUCAGAGGAAUUUGCCUUCAAGUGAAACAUUCUUGUAUCCGAGGUAGCACUUGUCAGAUUUCCUGAUUAGUAAUUUAUUCUAUUUAAUAUUUUGUUGAAAUCUUCGUGCUUUGACACAGGUUUUGUUGGGUUUUUUGGUUUUUUUUUGUGAUUAGUUGAGCUCCUUACCCCCAUAGGAUUAUCCCUUUGUUGAUGAGAAGUUUUUUGUCCUGGGUGUUUCGUAGCUGCUAAACUUGGGGAAGGGGAAUAUCCCACGGGGUUUGGUGGUGGAGUAAUUCCCAGAAAAGCUGCUUGAUCCACCUGGAUGAAAUAAAAGUGGAAACCCAACAGAUUGGUGAGGCCACACCGAAAUUCCAAGCGUGGAAUCUCAGAGCAGGGGCAGGAAGGGCUCCCCAGAGGGGUCAGAGGAGAACCUGGGCGGGCUCUGUGUGGGAUCAGGUGAGAUAUUCCCUGUCCAUCCCUGUCCCUGCACCCUCUGGAGCCUGGGACAUCCCCCUGGAUGUGGCUGGAGGCUCAGGAUCCACCAGCAGGGAGCACAGACAGCAGCAGUUCCGUGGGCAGGGCGUCCUCCCACGCUGGCUCGUUCAGCCUGGGCAUUUAUUUCCUCUUCAGCACCUAAAAAUAUUCCUUUUCCUGGGUGUUCUCUGCUGUUCCAGGGGAAAAUCCAGAGCCAGCUUGAGCCUGCUGGAAAUUGAGGGCUGCAGUGCUUGGCCUUGGGUGUGGCAGCAUUAAAAAAAUCCCAAUUUUUGGGAGUACCUCGAGCGUUGCUUCGAGCUGUGCUUUUCCUCCCAAUCUGUUUUUGGGAAGCUCCACGUGAUCAGUUCCUUAGAAAACAUAAUUUAUUUUAUACUCUUUUUUGGGGGGGAGGGUUGGGAAAUUAGCCUGAGGUUGUGUUUAUAAAAGGUAUCUUGGUGGUAGAGAAAUUUCCUGUAGCCCAACUUGGGGAAAAAAUGGCAUUAAACUAAUUUUAUUUAAUAUGACCUAAAUUAAAUACUUUGGGGUUGGGGUUUUUUUUUUAAAGCUUUUUGUUGUUGUUGUUGCUCAAUUCACAAAGCUUUUCCUACAGAUCCCUGUUUUCUUUGAGAAUAGGACAUCAAACUGAUGCAGAGCUUCCAAGAGCUGAUUUUUGCUAAAUCCUCUUUGCUUUCCGCAUCAUCAAUUAACAGAAUUUGCUAAUUUGCACUGACUGGGAGACCUGUUGCCAACCCCAAAAACCUUUGUGCUAGUAAAAGCAUAGGAAGUUCAGGUGGAGCAUUCAUUCCCGUGCCUGUGAUGUGGGAAAAAUGGUAAAAAACAGGUGAAAAUUUAGGGUGCUGUGACUGCAAAAUUGUCUCUGGGGAUAAAGGUUCAGGGGGGAAAAAAGGGGCUGAGGAUUUUUGGUGUGGAAGAGAGGAUUAGGGAAGUUCUGCUGGAUUUGGGUCUGGUUUCGUUUCUCUGCCUGGGGCAGGGUCUGGCCCACGUGUUGGGGAGUGUUUGGGAUGAAAAUUGAAUUGUUCCAGCCCUGAAGUGCUGCAGAGGAGCUCCAGAGACUCAUAAAUGGUGAUGCUGCUGUGGGGAGGUGAAUUAAACUCGGGAAUCCGCUUGAUAAACCCAGGAAAAAGGAGCUUGGAAGGCUCCUCAAGGAUUCCUGUGGGAUUUGAUGCUCCUCAGGGACCCCUCCUAGCCUGGGGGGGUUCUGUGCUUGAAGGUUGGUUGGAAUUUUUUGGGGGGGAGAUUUUGGGGAGUCUGUCAGCUCCUGCAGAGCAUUUCACCUUCCCUGGAGCAUUCCCCGACCUCCCCAGCAGUGGGAGAGGUGGGAAAGGAUGGAAAGGUCAGGAAGAGGGUUUGAGGUGGGGAACUGUGGUUGUGACAGGAGCUGCUCAGCUCCCAGAGUUAUUCCAGGAGCGGCCUGAGACUUUUAAAAAAACCCUAAAAAAAAGCUGCUCAGCUUUGGGAUAAAUUUGGGAUCGAUGCUUCCUGGGAGCCCUGAGGGUGGUGGUGCCCAUUCCUUGAUCCAGGGGUGUGUGGUUGAUCCCCUCCGUGGGGUUUGUGCCGUGGAAAAUCCCCUAGGAAAAGGUGUUUGUGUCUGACCUCACCUGGGGCCAGGUGUAGAUGUAGCAUCCAACCCCCCCCGUGUCCCAAACAGGCAAUAUUGAACAUUCCAGUGCCUCAGCAGCUGGAAAAAUGGGAUUAUUCCAGGAAUAAAAACCCAGGAGAUUCCAGGCCUGCUCGGACAGCACAGGCUCCCAGUGUUGUUGGGUUUGGUAAGGAAAGGUCUAAAAAAUGUUCAGAACCCACUGAAGUUUGUUCUGAUGCUCGAAUAAUUGUGAAUCAAGUUGAAACUGGAGGAUCUUUGAGGUCCCUUCCAACCCAAACCAUCCCGGGGUUCUCUGACUCCUUGCCCUGGUGGGCAGAUUAUUUUUUAGGAAUUUUUUUAGGGAUUGCAGGAUUUCUUCAAGCCAAAAAUGGGAAAACCCUGGAAAGGAGGGAAAAUUUGAUGAAUCCCUGCUCCCACGGGAGCUGCAGCAGCGAUGACAGUCUGGGGCUGUGGUUUAAUCCCUUGGGACUCCUGAAUCUUUUUCACUUCUCCUGGAUUUCUCCUGCAUUUCUCACUCCAGCCAAGGCUCAGACACGGAGCUGCUGCAGGAGGGAGUGGUGGUGUCCGAAAUCUGACUGAAAAUCAGGAUCUUCAGGCAUAAAAGUUAUUUUCUGUGGGGCUUUUCUUCAUUCUGAUUUCCAGAUUUCGCCCCGCAGUGCAGAUGAAAUCGCCAGCAGUGAAUUUGUACAGAUCCUUUCCCAAAGUAACUUCCUCCCUCUUAUCUCCUUUUACUUUAAUACUAUAUCCAAUAAUAUUUUAAUGAUAUAAUUUUAUUUUAACGAUAGGAAUUUCAGAGUUGCAAAGGCUCUUUCUAAAGUUGUUGACUUGGAGAAAACUCCCCCCUUGUUGAUACCAUAAAUACUCAUCUUGAUCUAGAUGGAUUUGUUAUUUUUGCACCAGAAUCCCUAAUUUUUUCGCAGUAUAAAGUGCACUUUUUCAUAAAAAAAACCCUGUAUUCCUGUCUGAUGAGUGUCUUAGGGGCUGAAAGGGAUAUUCUGCCAAAGCUCCAGGGCUGAGGGCGUUGUUAAUUCUUCGAGGUAUUUGUUGAAACCUGGGACCUGCUUCUGCUCAGUCUAUUUUGAGACAAAGUAGGGAAGGAAACGCCUCCCCACAGAUAUUGGAGGUGGGAAAUGAAACUUCCACUGCCCUUACGGAAAACUCCGUGGUACUUCCAAAUCCACCUUCAGGUUUCCGAUUGCACCAGCCUCUUAAAUCACAAAUGUUUACUUUGCUGAUCAGGGAGUGCCUUGUCCUGUGCUGGGCUGACGUUUGGGAGGUAGGAUGGUGAUGGGGAUGGACCUGCCCCAUGUGUGGGUGGAAAAAUUGGGCUGGAAACGCCAGAAUUGGUGGGAAUCCCUGUUAUUAUCCGUGGGUGCUCCUCAGAGACCGCACUCACCGAGCUCCCAGCUUUGCUCACACACACACACGGCCCUGCCAGAGGGAGCAAACACAAUUUGCUGUCCCAUCCUCACUUUUGGUUGGGUUGGCCCCAAUUCCUGAGGGUUCUGCUGUCUCCCCUCGGGCCGUUUGUCCAGACCCUUCUCCAGCGUCCUCCGUGUGUCCCUUGUGAAGCCACCAAGUGUCCGUGUGGGCAUCUCAGGUGUCACCUCGUGCUUGUCAGGGCUCCUGGAGCGCCGAUGCCACCCCGUGGGGCUGCUCUUGUCCCCGUGUGUUCUUGCAGUGCCUUGUAAACCCCAACGACCCCCACGUCCCGUGGGGGCCGCGGGGUCGGGGGCCGGCGACGCGCCCCCAGCUCGUACUGCCAGACUGGGCUUUGUAACUGAGGAUUUAACCCCUGUUUCAAAGGAAAUAAAGAGUUUAACUCUGA